GUCCUGAGCAGGGGCCGGUGAAAGCAUGAUGGCGUCCUCGGCUGCUCGUCGCUCCUCACGCUGGAUUACAGUCAUCGUGUCCUCUGGACAUUUGAGGGCUGCCGGUGCUGUUGUGUGCUCUGGCCAUGGAGGGGUCCGCAGUAUUUCCACACUGGGAGCGGGAAAGCUGUGGCGGACAGGGAGCCCGCUGUGUGGCGGAGCAGAGAAAGCGUUGACAUUGAGAGGGCUGUCAGGCAUCAAAUCUCCCAGUGUUGCCUGCACGCUGUCCUUUCACACAAGUGCCCCUUCCAGCAGCAAGCAGGACUACUACCAGAUCCUCGACGUGCCUCGCACAGCAACCCAGAAAGAGAUCAAGAAAGCCUACUACCAGCUGGCCAAAAAGUAUCACCCUGACACCAACAAAGAUGACCCACAAGCCAAGGAAAAAUUUGCUCAGCUGGCUGAAGCUUAUGAGGUUCUGAGCGAUGAAGGAAAGAGGAAGCAGUACGACGCGUACGGCUCAGCAGGCUUUGACGCUGGUCAGGCAGGUGGAGGGCAGCACUACUGGUCUGGACAAACCAGCCAUGUUGACCCAGAGGAGCUCUUCCGCAAGAUUUUCGGGGAAUUCUCUGGAGGCCGUGGCUUUGGAGACUUCAGUGCCAUAUUUGAACAGCCUCAGGAGUACAUCAUGGAGCUGACGUUCACUCAGGCGGCAAAGGGAGUCAACAAAGAGUUUUCUGUUAACGUAGAUGCAACUUGCCAGCGCUGUGAUGGUAAGGGCCACGAGCCCGGUACCAAAAUCCAGCACUGCCACUACUGCAACGGCUCUGGCAUGGAGACAGUGAACACGGGUCCGUUUGUGAUGCGCUCCACGUGUCGUCGCUGUGGAGGCAAAGGCACCGUCAUUUCCACUCCCUGUCACUCCUGUAAAGGGGUGGGGCAGACCAAACAGAGGAGGACUGUGAUGGUUCCUGUGCCUGCAGGAGUGGAGGAUGGUCAGACAGUCAGAAUGCCAGUUGGUAAGAAGGAGAUCUUCAUCACGUUUAGGGUCCAGAAAAGUCCCGUAUUCAGGAGGGAUGGUGCAGACAUCCACUCUGAUCUUUUUGUCUCUGUGGCACAAGCUAUCCUGGGCGGCACGGCCAGGGCACAGGGCCUUUAUGAAACACUAAACUUAUCUAUUCCUGCAGGAAUCCAGACAGAUCAGAGGAUUCGACUGUCAGGGAAGGGAAUCGCUCGUGUCAGUGGCUAUGGCUUCGGGGACCAUUAUGUCCAUGUCAAAAUAAAAGUACCCAAGACGCUGACAGAUAGACAAAGAUCUCUGCUAAUGAGCUACGCUGAGGACGAAACAGACGUGGAGGGGACGGUUAAUGGUGUCACUAAUACCGCCACAGGUAAAAGGUCAUCCUGGAACUGAAAAGCUUCAUCGGUAGAUCAGAGGGCAAAGGGGAGGACAGCGUAAGCAAGCACAGUCACAUCAUAAAGGGACAGGUGGUUGAGGAAUAAUGUGUGUUGAACGAGGCCUAUAAAGGUUCUGGAGGGAGCAGAACAGACCUACCUAUGCAGCCCUGUGGUGAAUAAGAUGGUGGAUUAUCUGCUCUGUUCCUUUGCCAGAGUGGAUCCACUCACAAGAGGAUGUGCGUCUGUUACCUCUCCAGCCACAUGUCCAUUGAGGCAACAAAGACUUUCAUUAACAUAACAGUUGUUGGUUUUCUGUUGAUCCCCUUGAAAAAAAAAAUAGUGAUAACAGAAUUCAUGUGCGCAGAAAUAAAUUAUUGUAUUGACUACAGAUAGUCAAAAGUUUUAUUUGGGAUUAAGUGAACCUCCUGUUGUUAAUCCUUCUGUUAUGUAUGCUUGGUUGAUUUUUUUAUGUUUAUGAAUGCUUGAAUUUCCCCCACAAUUCUCAGCAAAGCUGUGUAUCCUAAAAUGUUGAACAUCACCAUACUACACGUUUACCUUUGAGUUUAAGUGGGACAGCGUCAAGGUGUGUCAAGUGCAAGUUUGGCUCAGGCUUUUUUGUACUGUGAACACAAAUGACAGACCUUUGUCCCUCUUUUAACCCUUUAGAGAAUUCUUCACCUUCAUUACAUUUGUACAUAAAUAGUUGUGGAUCAGACAGACGCAUCAAUGUGUCACAUAAGAGGAAAUAUACUGUACAUCUAUAAUAAAGCUAUGGUCUGAGAAAA